GGACAAGUUAAUUUUUCUGGUAAAAAAUAUGAAGGUUGAAUAAAAUUGAACAGGGGUUCAAGCUGGAACCGUUGUGCUCCACUUUACUUGUGGAAAGGUUUUGUUAUAAGCUGUUUACUCGGAAUGUAUUUUUUAAAAUAAUAUUUCAUACAUUUGUUGUUUAUUUGAGAACAUUUGAUUUAACUUAGUACCAGGCUACACUUUGCAUUUAUUUUAUUUUCCUGUUUGUAUAAUGUUACAAUAAAUUGUUGGUUUAAACAACAACCCAAUGUUGGUUUUGUAUUUUGUUCCCAUACUGUACCGAAAUGAACCGAACUGUGACCUCAAAACCAAGGUACGUACCAAACUGUGAUUUUUGUGUAUUGUUACACCCCUACUUAGUACUAUUUGCUGUUUCAUCAAGGUUCCUGCUGGGCCUUUAUGGUUAGCAGCUGUAGCAGCUAUGAGACACACAAGGUCCUCACCGUAUUUCACCCCAGCAGACAAUCCCCUACCCCUCCCCUACUAGGUGUCACAACGUGGAUAAGGGGUUCGAUUUUGACACUUGUUCAAAACCAGUAAAACACAAAACACAAGAUCAAAAUCUACUGGACACAAUAUGGCCCCGGUAAACUCAGUGGUCCUUCCUUUGAUGUUUAAGUCUGUUUGGCCUUUGGUUGAUAUUGUGACAGAAUAAAUAAAUGUUAUGAACAUUUUAAGAGAAUAUUUAGAACCAGCAUAAACAUGUAGCUUUAUCUUAAUAACAAAAUAUGCUGCUUUUAACCAAACCUAUUUUCAUUUAAGCAAAUGUUUGUGUUCCUGCAGGUCAUAAGUGGUGUCCUCACAGCUGUUGGGGUCUAUGCUAAGAUUGCCAAAGAGAAAGAUGUGGUGGACACCAUCACAGUGGAUCCGGCUCUGCUGCUGAUCACAGUCGGCUCUCUAAUGUUCCUCAUUACGUUCCUGGGCUGUUUUGGGGCACUCCGUAACACCACCUGCCUGCUAAAAAUGUUCCUGGGGAUCCUGGCAGCUGUUCUUCUCCUGCAGGUGGCAGCCGGAGUUGUAUGUUACGUCUUCACUGACAUGGUGAUGGAGAGGACGGAGAGGCUGAUAAUGAGGACCAUCGUCCGCUACAGGGAGGACCCCGACCUGCAGAACGCCAUCGACUUCAUCCAGAAGAAGGUGAAACAAUAA